GGGAGGAGGAGAUCAGAGAGAGAAUGAGGGCAAUGAAACACAGAACAGUUAUCGACAGCUUUGCUCAGAGAAUGAACUUGCGGCAUGGUCCCUGAAUACGUGGCGUAUAUCAUUUAUUCAAGACAAUGUUUUCACUUUUUCUAGUUGGAGUCCUUCUGGACCUCUGCAUGGGACACAACACUUUUUUUGAAGGAUAUGAUUUGUCUAGGUCCAGUUAUCACUUGUGUACUGGACAUGAGACCACGGUGGUGAGUAGAGUGUUAUCCUAUCAGACCUCUUACAUCGACAGGAGGUUGUGUGGUGGCUGGCUAAGCUGGAAGUCAUGUAAGGUCACUCUUUAUAAAAUGGCCUAUCGGACUGAGUACAUGAAUGUUACCAAGGAGGUUUUAAGGUGUUGUGAUGGCUAUGAAGAAGUGGGCUACUACUGUGCUUUGCCUUUGAACAGAGCCCAAGAGUUCACUGCCAAGCCUGGCUCCUGUCCUGGGGUCGUAGUGGAAUCACCCAGGAAUACACAGUGUAAAUGGGACUCCGAUUGCCCAGGCUGGCAAAAGUGCUGCCAGAGAGAGGGCCCCUCUCUUUGCACUGAUCCUGAACCUACAGGUAUUAGAGGCUGGUGCUUCAAUAUCACUGUGACCGUGAAGACAGAAUAUGAGCGACUGAUUUCCAUGGAUGGGGGAAUCCUGAACCACACAAGGCUGUUGCACUCUGUGAUGACAGGAGCUCUGGACUCCACUGCUGUCAAUGUAUACUACAUCAACUCCUGGUCUGUAGGGCCAUUCAGAACCGCCUCCUCUUUGCUGAUUGGUUCCCCUGAAGUUCUGUCUGGGUCUAACACGACCACUAAGCUGCUCUUUCUGAUUAAAAACAUUGAAGAAAUCACCUCAGUGACAGUGGAAGAUAUAGAUGAGUGUGCCCACAUGGCCCUCAGCAGCUGCUCACGUCAGGCAGACUGUGCCAACACAGAGGGCUCCUACAGCUGUACCUGUCCUCAUGGAUUCACUGAUUUGAACCCCAACAACACUGGGGUACACUGCCAGGCUGGUGACCCUUUGACCUCAGCCAGGCCCAGUAACGCAACUAAUUUGUUCCAGUGGACAAAUGCAACAGGGCUGCCGCCCUACAGCACCAACUAUCCGUCCUGGUUCCCAAGCUAUGCCAAUACCUCAACAGGCGUAGCUACAACGACUGGCAGGGCCAUGACGCUUAGCUCCACCCAUACACCUGCAUCCAAUCAUGACCUAUCUGCAGCCGGCUCCAACAAGUCUGACACCAGUACAGCCAUCUCCUGGCGUGGACCCACUUCAGUCCAUACAACAAACACCGACACUCCAACCAUGCACCUCUCUACCUCAGUCUCCUCAGAACCAGCAUGGCACACCCUUUCCCAGCAGACCAACGCUACAUCCCAAACUGGGAUUGGACCUGCUGAGGAGGACAUGGGUUUGUCCUCACCAUCUGAAUGCCACCCAACACUCAUAACCAACCUGCAAGUCUCCAACAUCACUGGCUCCUCUUUCUGCCUGUCCUGGACUGCUCAGUCCCAGAGCGGUCUCAGCUUCCUGGUGACGCUGAUGGAGGGGUCAGAGUUCAGAGGAGCCUGGGAGACAGAACUGUCAGUCUGGGUGGUGACAGGGCUGCAGCCUGGAGGUCUCUACAAUGUCACUGUCACUCCCACUGCCUGUGGGAGACAGGCGACCAGCCUGCAUCUGUUGGCUAAGACGGACGCACAGACACUUCAAGCAAAUGCUUGCCUUACCAACGUGGAGUUCACCAAUGCCCUGCUGUUUCCCUCUAGCCAGGAGUAUCAGAAUCUUAGUCGUAGUAUUUUAGAAGAGAUACUCCAGUCCCUCCCUGAUGAGAUCCUGGCCCUGGUGAACUCAGGAGACGUCAGAGUUCUGAUUACAGGCUUGGCCCCUGGCAGUGUAGUCGUGAACUUAACCGUCAUCCUGACACCGCGUCAGUUCUAUGAAAUCCUGAACGUGACCUCUGCUCUGAUGCAGGCCCUAGAGAACAGCUCCACGUACACCGUGGACCUCAACAAGACCAGCAUACAUGAUGUUAACGAGUGCAGUACGGCGAACAUGGACUGCUCCCCAUGGGCCCUGUGUAUAAACACCUGGGGCUCAUACAGCUGUGUUUGUCUGGAUGGGUAUAUUGACUUGAACCCCUCCUGGCCAGGACGGGCCUGUUCAGCAGUUUUGAGCAACACAACACCUGAACAAACAGCCACAACUCCAGCUAUAACAACAGCCACAAUUAACAAUCCGGCUACAUCCAAAAAUACAGCUGCAACUAGACUCGACCCACCAGUAACAACCAACAACCCGGGUUCAACCUCCACUCAAAUCAAAAUGAUAACACUGAACCCAGGUCCAAAAGCUUCUGACGUGCCUACAGCAGAGACCACCACUGUGAGCGCUGGUCUCGCCACAAGCCUACAGCGUAGUACUUCUCCAUUUCUGGUUCAUCUGGUCACCUAUGCGAGGGCCAUCUCUGUGAUGUGCAAGGUCCGCUCUAUCACUGUGAUGGUGUCGAGGGGCUUCCUGCAGGCCAGGCACAUCCGGGAUUCUUCCCUUUACCUGGGGAGAGAGGGGUGUGGCCUGAACGCAGGGACCAGCAGUCACGUCCAGCUGACAGUGGCUUGGGACGACUGUGACACACAGCUCUCACAUAACAACACUCAUUACACUGCUAAGACGACACUGUUCAAUUCCAUGGAUCCCCAGAGCCUUGCCAAUGGCACAACAAGGGUGCCUGCAGUAGAGCUUAAUGUCCCCAUUACCUGCACCUUUGAGAGGAGCAUCCUCAUUUCUACUGGCUACAUCCCCACGGAGUACGACGCGAUCAAUGAUGCCGUCAUGGGCUCAGGAACCUUCCACGUGACAUUUCAGCUGCUGCGUGGAACGUCCCCUCUCCCUCAGAACUACAGCCUGUCUCCUGAGGAUGAAGUUGUGGUUGAAGUGAGCGUCGACUCCACGGUUGACAGGAUGAAAGUGAUCAUCAACAAGUGCUGGGCCACUGAAAGCAACAACUCCUUAGAAUUAAUUACUUACGUGUUCCUGGAAAACAGCUGUCCCGUUCUCAACACCCACACCACAGUCUUGGAGAAUGGAAACUCCAGCAAGUCUCGCCUUUCCCUGCGCAUCUUCUCCUACAUUAACCUGAAUGUCGUCUACCUGCAUUGCCGCAUUCAGAUCUGUAUUGAGACUGGUUUGGUCAACUGCCAACCGAAAUGCACUGAACGAGCACAAAGAUUAUCCAAUGUAAUUGGAAUAGAAAAAGCAUCCUGUGGACCAUUUUUUAGAUCACACCAAGUGUCCAUCCAAGAGAGAGAUAAAACUCUUUAUCUCGUGGGCUACAGCUUACUGGGAAUAGGACUGUUCCUCCUCUUUAUUGGAGGCCUCUCUUCCUUGUUCCUCUACCACAGGAAGCGAAUUAGAAAAUACAAUUUAAGCCUCAAACCAAAGCAAGAUAACUUUACCUAUCAUGUUUUUGAUACUUAGAUCUGGAAUAGUUUAAGGACAAGGAACUUAAAAGGUAUAGUUUUUAGUUAAGUUCUUAUGUUUAACCUCACUAGUUCUGCUAAUGAAAAGGUCAAUUAAUUAAGGAAUAUUAUGAAGAAAAAUAAAUCACUUUUUAAUGCAUUAUUCACUUGGAUGACUUCAAGGUCUUUUCAAUUAUUACAACACUUAUACACUACAAAAUGUAUUUAGAAAGUACCAGUUGCUUCGGACAUUAUUGUAACAUUCUAGUUAAGAUCAGAUUUGUAAAGGGUAUCUUAUUUAUAAAAUAUAAUAUAUACUGCAAUCUCUUUAUUUUCCUUUGAACUGAUAUUUUUCUAACCUGAGUAUGCAUCUCUUUACCUUACAUUCCAAUCCUUGUUCCCCAAAUCAAACAUUAUUUUAUUAAUGUGUUUUCAAUGAAUAGAUGGAUUUGAAUCUGAUUGGAUAACCCUGAAAGAUACCCUCCAAUAACAAUGAUUAUGCAAAUAUUAGACGUAUAUGUUUUUUUCACUCCACAGAAUGCAUUGGUAGCCAGUUGUUAAAGCAAUAUUUAUUUUGUUUGUCCAGAUAAAGACUAUAGAUGGACUAUAGAAAUCACAUGCAUUUUAUCAGCAUAGCUUGUGGCUGUGGUGUUAAAUCAAUAGCUGACAAGUCCUGAAAUAUUGACCUGCUGAAAUAUGUUAAUAAAAACAUAGAAAUACAAA